AUUCGCAAAUGCAGGAAGGGAUUUCCCGUUGAGAAGGAACCGACAUAUACCAGCAGGGUGGCCUGCGCACUCUUCAGUCGACGAUCUGCUUCCAAGCAGGAAAGCGAAACAUAACAAACAAUACUCAGUGAGAUCAGUACUCCCUGCAAAAUACAAAAGCAGGGAAAAAGGAACAUUGUACGCAACGUGCAUUAUUUGCUAGAAAGUUCACAUACCUGAACAACGAACAGGCAGCGUGGUGAACUUUAGUGGCUUUAGUACAAGCAAGUGAUUUUUACUUACUGGGAAAAAGGUACUCCAAGCAGUGACCAAUAUAGCCAGGCGAACAAGACACUACUGAACCAGAGAUAAGUGAUCGUGGAAAUUGAUAAAAACUGUCAGUGCGUUCGCAGCAAGCGAGUAAAAGGUUGAAAGCAGGACAAUUCAAGCGACCGAUACAAAUCGUUUAAAGACGCAUUAUCACGAUGCCGGCUGAGUGUGCCGCUAAUCCGCUGCAACGGGCCCUGGCCGAUGCCAUUAUCCGGAUGGUAUCCAUGGACGAGCUGCGUAUACUGCUCGCCUGCGGUGCGAAGGUUAACGAGCAGGUGACGCAAGGUCUGAGACCGCUGCACUACGCCGUCUGGCAAAAUAAUGAAGCUGCCGUCAAUCUGCUCAUCGUGCGCGGUGCCGAAAUAAACGCGAUCGAUGAAGUCGGUUACAGUGCGCUACAUUUGGCGGCAGAGCAUGGCUACCUUCAUCUCGCAAAGAUUCUGCUGGAUGCGGGCUGUAAGGUGGACUACCGUGAGCCAACGAAUGAUCCUUACCCGCGUACGACACUCUGCGACGAACCGCUCCGUUUGGCACUACGUAACAAACACUACGAGGUGGCCCGCCUGCUGCUUGAUCGUGGUGCCGAUCCGAACAAGCGCUAUUUCUUCGGAUCCGAAAUUAACCUAGCGACGGAUGUGGAAAGUCUGGAGCUGUUGCUUACGUACGGUGCAAGUACGGAGGCACGUGACCGUUCCGGCAUUACGCCACUGAUGCGAGCCGUACGAACGAACGGUAACAUCGAUUCGGUGCUGCUGCUGCUCCAUUACGGAGCGGACGUUAAUGCGAUGACGGAUGCAAGGAAUGAUUACAGAACCGUGCUGCAUUAUGCCGUUCUAUCAGGAUUAGAUCUGUUUGGUGGCAAUGCUUCACUCGUGACGAUGCUUUUGAAACAGGGAGCCCGGGUUGACAUACCAGCACCAUUGCCGGAACCGGACCGACCAAGCCCGCUCGAUCUUGCCGUUCUGCGAGGCGAUCCAGUGCUGGUGAGAAUUCUUCUCGAGCAUGGUGCCAACGUGAAUCGCAGCAGCCCCGUCAUUGGAUCCCCGUUGCAUGUGGCCUGCGCCGAUAAUAUUCCCAACAGAGUUGAAAUUAUGAAGAUGCUCUUGUUUUACGGUGCUGACCCGAACAUACGUGUCGUGGGUGAUGUUGCCACCAAUGCGAUACUGCGUCCUCCACUAGCAGAGCUGCUUGCCAGCAAUGAACACGUUACGCCACAGGAACUGCAUUUGUUGCUACGGUACGGUGCAAGGGUUAUCCUCAAGACUCAGUACCGUGAUCCGGACGGUUUGUUAAACUGCCUUUCGAACCUGCAUCAUGAAUCGGCCGCCUUCCGCAUAAUACUGGAUGCUACCGAAGAGUUCGAUCCAUGCAUGAUACGUCGUAACCAGCAGCUCACCGAUGAACAGCGCGAUCUGCUAGUAGAACGUGCCUCGGUUCCACGGAAGCUCAAGUCCCAGAUUCGUGCCUACUACCGUCGGUUGUUCGGGCGAAAUCUGUGCGAGUUUGUUCCGCCACUAUUUAUACCGAGCGAGCUGAAAAGCUACUUGCUGUAUGAACACAGUCUGUAACGCUGUGGCCCCUAGUGGCGACCCUUUUCUUUAACACUGGACCUGAUAAGACUACUAUUACUAGUGUCCUGAUGGUGAAUCAUCCGAUAUUCCCACCAUAUGAUAGACUAGUUUGUAAAGCGACUGUUUCGAGCCUUUGUGUCCUCGACUGCCCCAACUUCCGCACGUUCCAGACGGCACGUGAAAAAGGUGAACUUGAUGGCCUUGAACACUUGAAGACGAAUCCUUUUUUUGGUGCUCUCCGUUACGUGUGAACACGGAGAGCGUUUACGCGAGUGUGCUCUGUUUUAGAGUGAUACAUUGUGAAACGGUUGUGAUAUUUGGAGUGAAACAUUUGUCUCUUAUACCUUGUCGAUUAAGUUAAGUUAAUGAAAGAUCGAACUGUUAGUUUGUAAGAUGUCGAAGCAAUGUGAACGCUUCAAAGGAAGGUUUAAUAAAUAUGAACAAUGAAUGAAUAUGAGAA